GGCACCAUCAGCUGACCUCAAGCGUCGUAGGCAGCGGCAGACGCGUAUUCGUAAAUAACGACGCGCACAGGCAGGUUGUACGAGUGCAGCUUUCUUUGAUAAGCGACGUACGCGAUAUGGUAGACUUAAAGACAAACGUCAGCUUCGCGUGCCAACGAUGUCUACAACCGCUGAAACUAGAUUCGAGCUUUGAUCACCUUGGGGAGCACACUCUGGCUGAACUCUCACUUCCUAUACAACAACAAGUUGUUGGAGAAUUAGAACCUCAAAGUGACAGUAUAGAGCACUUAGUUCCGCCAUUCAGAUUGACUGAAUCAGGAAAUGGUACAAAUGGAUUUAUGUUAGUUGGCGAUUCUGGUGAAACGGAAAGCUUAAGUCAUCACUUAAAGGUACGAGCAACAUUGUUUGAUAUUCUCAGCAGUAGCAGUUCGGCAGAUCAUCCACUUUGCGAUGAAUGUACAGACAGUCUUUUGCUGCUGAUGGAUCAGCAGUUACGAAUGACAGAAGGAGAAUGGUCAGAUUAUAACGAGUACCUGAAGAAAUUAGAAAUUGAGCAACAAUAUCAGGGGCAUGAAGACGUAGAGAUGGAGAACCUUACAAAGGAAUUGCAGGAUGUAAAGGCCGAAGAAGAAAGAAUGAUAAGGGAGCUGGAGGCAUUGAGAAAAGAAGAAAUAGCCACUAGGAAUGCCAUAGCGGAACAGGAGAGAGAAAGGGAAAGAUUACAAAGUGAAGAGGACAGAUAUUGGAAAGAAUAUUCAAAACACAGAAGAGAUCUCAUGUUAGCUGACGAUGAAUGUCGCAGUUUGGAUAAUCAACUGGCGUAUGCAGCUUCGCAACUUGAAAGAUUGAAGAAAACGAACGUUUUCAACGCCACAUUUCAUAUUUGGCAUUCAGGCCACUUUGGAACUAUAAAUUCAUUUCGAUUGGGACGAUUGCCGAGCGCGCCAGUGGAUUGGAGCGAGAUAAACGCUGCAUGGGGACAAACGACCCUUUUGCUAGUGGCUCUUGCGCGCAAAAUGAAUCUAACAUUCAAGCGUUUUCGUUUAGUGCCAUUUGGCAAUCACAGUUAUAUCGAGGCUUUAGAUCAAAAUAAAGAGCUUCCAUUAUAUGGAAGUGGAGGAUUUAAAUUUUUAUGGGAUACAAAAUUUGAUGCAGCUAUGGUAGCAUUUCUGGAUUGUUUGCAACAAUUUAAGGAACAAGUAGAAAAAGGAGACAGUGAAUUUUGUCUACCAUAUAGGAUGGAUCGGGGUAAAAUUGAAGAUUCCGCAACGGGCAACUCUUAUUCUAUUAAAAUACAAUUCAAUUCAGAAGAACAGUGGACUAAAGCCUUAAAGUUCCUACUAACAAAUUUAAAAUGGGGUCUUGCAUGGGUUAGCUCUCAAUUCACAAAGGACGAAUUGAAUACUAAUUGAAUGUUGGUCUCCUUGUAAUUUUAUGUAAUUUUAAUUGUGCAACUAUCUCGUCAUUGCUUAUGUAUAAAUGCUCUACUUGUAAAUAAAUAAUGCGGUUGAAUAAUAGUAUUGAUUUUUACUUACAAA